AUCAAUGAACAUACACAGUUUUGUUUAAUUAGUUUCAAAAUCAAUCUUACUUUUUGUGAAAAAUCGCUGGACGAAUUAAACAAAUAUUAUAUUCAAGUUACAAUAUGUCGGAAACUACAUCAGAUAGGUCAUUACGUUCAUGUCAAUUUGUUAAUAGUGAAGAGGACUCAGUCGAAUGUCCUUCUUGUAAUCAGAGGAUAAAAAAUUUUGAAAUUGAUAAUCAUUGUAAACAGGAACUUGAACGAUUAAAAGAAGAUCAGCAAAAGACUGCUGCAGAAUUAAGAAAUAAUUCGUUAAAAAAUAGCACUGAUGAACUCUGUAGACCGUGGACGGAUUUUAAAAGAGUGCAAAGAAAUCGUCAGGCUCGUUUAAAACAACGUUUAAGAAAACGACCUCAAACAUUACCAGAACAUCCGUGCCCACUUUGUGGCAAUAUUUAUUUGAAAGAUGAAAUUCAAAACCACGUAGAAGAUUGUUUGCAGAAUAACACUAGAAAUGGCAGCAUUAGUGAUGAAGGUAUUGAUGAAUAUGAAGAAUAUGAAUGGGCUGGUCAGAAACGGAUACGCGUCUCAAGUUUACUUCAAGGCGGUUAUGCGGCAAUUGGUAUUGGACAGACUAUAGUGAAUCAUACCAAUUUAAGUGAUAAUGAAGAGGAUUUAAAUGUAGAUGAAGACGAUACUCAAGUAUAUGGGCCGGCACAGUAUAGCGAAAAUGAUUUAUCAUCAGCAUUCGUUGAAACAAAUGAAAAUAUUGAAAGCAACGAACAUUCGAAGGACAUGCCUGCUUUAAAUAAAUUUGUUUUAAAUAAUGAAACCGAAGAGUUAUCAAAUACUGACUAUAGGAGAAAAAUGUUUGGAGGAGAUGCAGUGAGUGAAUCGACGAUGCAUACACCAACAAGUUCGAGUUCUCCUGCUCAUUUUAUAAAUAUUAUUGAUUCUUUAAAGAUUAAAUUACGCCAAUAUGAAAAUCAGAUACCAAAUAAGUACAAAUGUUUAAUAUGUUUAGAUGAUUAUCGCAAUCCAGCGAUUUCUGUCUCCUGUUGGCAUGUACACUGCGAUAAAUGUUGGUUACGUUCAUUGGGUAUGAGAAAACUUUGUCCUCAAUGCAAUGUGAUUACAACGCCAAAAGAUUUAAGACGAAUUUAUAUGUAAUAUAUAUUUUAAUAUGCAUUAAAUGUAAG